AUGUGGGAUGACAAGGAGAAAGGUAUGAGGACAAAGACCCCUCCUGGUUCCCAUCCCGGCACGGAGAGGGUGCUAAAGGAAGCUGUUGAUAUUUAUCCAUCAGUUGGUGGACGAGUGAGUCGGGAGUUAAAUUACACACGGCAGAAGAUUGGAGAAGAGGCCAUGUUUAACCCCCAGCUCAUGAUCCAGACUCCACAGGAAGAUGGUGCUAAUGUACUAACAACAGAAGCACUCCGACAGCACCUUGACUCUGCGCUUCAAGCCAGCAGAGUACAUGUCUACAUGUAUAACAGACGGUGGAAAUUGGAACAUUUGUGUUACAAAUCAGGAGAACUCAUCACAGAAGCAGGUUACAUGGACCAGAUCAUAGAAUAUCUUUAUCCUUGCUUAAUUAUUACUCCUUUGGACUGCUUCUGGGAGGGAGCAAAGCUACAGUCAGGAACAGCCUAUCUAUUAGGGAAGCCUCCUUUGCAGUGGAUCAACUUUGACCCCUUAGAAUUCUUGGAAGAGUUAAAGAAAAUAAACUACCAAGUGGAGAGCUGGGAAGAAAUGCUGAAUAAAGCAGAGGUUGGUCAUGGUUAUAUGGAUCGACCCUGCCUGAAUCCUGCUGAUCCCGAUUGCCCAAUCACAGCUCCCAAUAAAAAUUCCACCAAACCUCUUGAUGUAGCCCUUGUUUUGAGUGGUGGAUGCUAUGGACUGUCAAGAAAAUACAUGCAUUGGCAGGAGGAAUUGAUUAUAGGUGGUACAGUCAAGAACGGUUCUGGUAAACUUGUCAGUGCCCAGGCUUUGCAAACCAUGUUUCAGUUAAUGACUCCUAAGCAAAUGUAUGAGCACUUCAAGGGUUAUGAAUAUGUUUCACAUAUCAACUGGAAUGAGGACAAGGCAGCAGCCAUUCUGGAAGCCUGGCAGAGGAUGUAUGUUGAGGUUGUUCAUCAAAGUGUUGCACAAAACUCUACUCAGAAGGUGCUUUCCUUUACUACGACCACCCUGGAUGACAUCCUAAAGUCAUUUUCUGAUGUCAGUGUUAUCAGAGUAGCUAGUGGCUACUUACUAAUGCUUGCCUAUGCCUGUUUAACAAUGCUGCGGUGGGACUGUGCCAAGUCUCAGGGUGCCGUGGGGCUGGCAGGAGUCUUGUUGGUUGCACUCUCAGUGGCUGCAGGAUUGGGCCUGUGUUCAUUGAUUGGAAUUUCCUUUAAUGCUGCCACAACUCAGGUUUUGCCUUUUCUUGCUCUUGGAGUUGGUGUAGACGAUGUUUUCCUUCUGGCACAUGCAUUUAGUGAAACAGGGCAGAAUAAGAGAAUCCCAUUUGAGGACAGAACAGGUGAAUGUUUGAAGCGAACAGGAGCAAGUGUAGCCCUUACAUCUAUCAGCAAUGUUACUGCUUUCUUUAUGGCUGCCUUAAUCCCUAUUCCUGCUUUACGAGCAUUUUCACUCCAAGUAAGUUUAUAUGCUAUUUUGUUAGCUCUUAUGCAUGGUCCCAUCAUGGAAGGCCAAUGA